CCUGGUCAAAAACAUAAACAAAUCUUCAGCGUUUAAUCGGAAGCGCUGUCAUUGCGACUAGCGGUUUCUAAAUAUGCGUUUGUACUGUCUUAGCGGGGACUUGGCCAAGCCAUGUUACAUCAUUACCUUCAAGGGUCUGCGGAUAAUGCUCGACUGUGGAUUGACGGAGCAAACGGUGCUGAACUUCCUCCCGCUGCCCUUUGUCCAGUCCUUGAAAUGGUCAAACCUGCCCAACUUUGUGCCCAGUCGGGAUCACGAUCCCCAGAUGGAUGGCGAACUGAAGGAUUGUUGUGGUCGUGUGUUUGUGGACUCCACGCCGGAGUUUAAUCUGCCCAUGGACAAAAUGCUGGACUUUAGCGAGGUGGAUGUGAUACUUAUCUCGAAUUAUCUAAAUAUGCUUGCGCUGCCGUACAUUACGGAGAACACCGGGUUCAAGGGCAAAGUCUAUGCCACGGAACCAACGUUGCAGAUCGGACGGUUUUUCUUGGAGGAGUUAGUGGAUUACAUUGAGGUGUCACCCAAGGCAUGCACCGCUCGUCUUUGGAAGGAAAAGCUCCACCUGCUGCCGAGUCCCUUGAGCGAAGCCUUUCGUGCCAAGAAGUGGCGCACCAUCUUCAGUCUCAAAGAUGUCCAGGGCAGUCUCUCCAAGGUGACCAUCAUGGGCUAUGACGAAAAGCUGGACAUCCUUGGUGCCUUUAUCGCAACUCCCGUGAGUUCUGGCUACUGUUUGGGUUCCAGUAACUGGGUGUUGAGCACGGCGCACGAGAAGAUCUGCUACGUAAGUGGAUCUUCCACGUUGACCACGCAUCCGAGGCCCAUUAACCAGUCGGCACUAAAGCACGCCGAUGUGUUGAUCAUGACUGGAUUGACACAAGCUCCGACAGUUAAUCCAGACACCAAGCUGGGCGAGCUGUGCAUGAAUGUGGCAUUAACAAUCCGGAACAAUGGUUCCGCUUUGAUUCCUUGUUAUCCUUCUGGGGUGGUCUAUGACUUGUUCGAAUGUCUCACGCAGAACCUGGAGAAUGCCGGCCUCAACAAUGUACCCAUGUUCUUUAUUUCGCCUGUGGCAGAUAGCUCCUUGGCCUAUUCCAACAUCCUGGCCGAGUGGCUAAGUUCGGCCAAACAGAAUAAAGUGUAUCUUCCGGACGACCCUUUUCCCCAUGCCUUUUACCUCCGCAACAACAAGUUGAAGCAUUACAAUCAUGUGUUCUCUGAGGGCUUCAGUAAGGACUUCCGGCAGCCCUGCGUGGUCUUUUGUGGUCAUCCAAGCCUGCGUUUCGGCGAUGCUGUGCACUUCAUCGAGAUGUGGGGCAAUAAUCCCAAUAACUCCAUCAUAUUCACCGAGCCGGACUUCCCGUAUUUGCAAGUAUUAGCGCCGUUUCAACCGUUGGCCAUGAAGGCUUUCUACUGUCCCAUCGACACUUCCCUGAAUUAUCAGCAGGCCAACAAGCUGAUCAAGGAGUUAAAGCCAAAUGUGCUGGUCAUUCCAGAGGCAUACACAAAACCACAUCCAUCGGCACCGAAUUUGUUCAUAGAACAGCCCGACAAAAAGAUAAUAACGUUUAAGUGCGGCGAGAUUAUUCGCUUGCCGUUGAAGCGGAAACUAGACCGCAUUUAUAUCACGUCGGAGUUGGCACAAAAGAUAUCACCCCGUGAGGUUGCUGCCGGAGUGACUUUCUCCACACUGACGGGCGUGCUGCAGGUGAAGGACAAGGUGCACUGCAUCCAACCAUGUGCGGACACCAUCAAAGAAGAGACUAGCUCGAAUACCAGUGCACCGACCAAGGAGGAUGUGCUUAAGAACGUUAAAUACGAGUACGGUAGUAUCGAUGUGGAAGCCUUGAUGAAGCGGCUGACGCAGGAUGGCUUCUCCAACAUCAAGUUGGACCGAACUGGUGGCGCUCUGACACUGAACCUUGUCAACGAGGACACGGUCAUCAAGUUCGAGGAUAACGAAACGCACAUUAUCUGUGGCGGAAAGCCAACAACUCGACUUAAGUUACGGGACACCAUCAUGAAGUGCUUACAGAGUUUUUGAAAACAUAAAUUUAUUAUUUACACCUAAAAACCGAAAACACUUAA